AUGUCAGACGCAGAUGAUGCAGAAUACUGGCCCGAGAUCUCAAGCAUCUUCCACCCUCCCGCCCUCAACCACUCAAUUGCUCCCCCAACAGAAAUCCUCUCUCUCAUGCGCUAUGCUGCGGAGAAUUCUCACACCCAUCCUUUGGAUAUCUCCUCGAUCUGCGAGGCGCUAGGCCUCCUUUUCAGCAACGACCGCGUCUUGGCAUUGCAAAUCCCCAAUCCCGACAACGAGAAAUCCGUUAUCAGCUUCGAAUACAUCACACACCUGGAACUGAUGGAGGAGAUCGACACACGUAUUCAUGACAGAUUCGACAAGGAGAACGUGAAGAUUUCUCCCGAUAAUGAGCGCAUUAGCGGGGCUCUUUUCUCGGCGUCGCUUCUUCGCAACCGGGUUAGUGUCCUCCAACGCCGGGUGGAGGAUACAAUACUGUCAGGACUGUACCAAUUCGACGAGAAGAAUUUGAACGAGCUCGAUGAGCUCUACGGAGUUAUGUCGAUCAUCCACGUCGCCGUCGCAGGAAAGUUCUUCCCUGGAGGCCUGUGGAAACGUCUGCCCAACCGUGACGUCGCGGAAGCGCUGAGAAAAUGCAAAGAAGUCGGGUUAUUCAAGACCGAAGGAGUCCGUGAACUUCUGGAGGCUGCGAUAGCAAACGCAGAGAGCCGGUACAACAAGAGGGUUACCGAAGAGCAAGCAUGGAAAAUUCUUUUCCCUACCUAUAUAGCUCAGAGGGGACAGUGA